AAUCUUGUGAUUCAGAUGGUUCUGCAACUCCAAAUGUUUCCUAAGUUCCUCUUCCUUCAAGCAGAAUUAUGUCCAGCGAGGUAGAAGAAAUGGCAUCUUUCAACAGAUUAAAAAACGUGCUCAUGCUGGCAUUACAAUGGAUUCUGCACAGAGCUGGUGCUACAGAUACCUGCCAAGUCACUGUAACACAACCCAAAUUUCAGGAAGCUGACUACUCCAUGCACACUGUGUUCCUAACAUGUACUUUCUCAGCUUUUGGAUGUUCUUCGUUUCCACCUCAAGUUCUGUGGUUUCGCUUUUUAACUAAAAAGCAUGAGGAUUUGUGUACUCCAGGAUGCAUAGAUCAGCAGAAGUACAAAGUGCAUUUAUCUGAAAAUAACAUUUUACUUCAAAUCAGUAACCUGACUGUAGAUGACAAUGCUGUCUAUAUCUGUGGAGUAGCAUUUUCAGAUUCAAGUUCACCCCAUUCUAAACAAACAGGAGAUGGAACAGUACUAACGAAAGCAGGAGCAGAGAAGCAGCACAGCAACAGAAGACUCGGCUUCAUCUUCAUGAUCACCACCUCAUCCUUACUGUUUCUAUACAGUGCUACCGUAUUUACAUUUUUAGUCUACAAGUUAAAACCAAAGCUGCUAAAGAAAAGCAGGAACGAAGACGAAAGAACAGAGAACUGUAAAAUCACCAGUGGACGAAAAAUUUUUCAAGCAAUUGCCCAGGAACUUCAAAAUCAGAGAUACAUCCAGCAUUGCCAACAGCCUGAAGAUUUGGAAGAUGACACUGUUUAUCAGAACAGAUGAGCCUGUGCUGCUGUUCAGAUUUCUUCAGUAUUUCUCACACAGAUGAAGAAGGGACAGAUGAAGAAGUUAAGCUUCUUCACAUACUUCCUUUGCUUUAAAAAGAGAGGAGACAGGAGACCUUGCAAGGCAGUGUUCUUGAUGAGUAUUUUCUAAACAGGUCACCAAACCCGAGUGCAUUGUGCAUUUAUGUUAUAUUUUACUUCCAUUUUCCAUUCUUUAAGAAUAAGAACUAUGGGAAAAGACUUCAUAAGAUAACUGCUGACCUUCCUGAGUUUCCUUUUUCAGUUUAGAUUUAAUUCUGUGCAUUUUUUUCUUUUUAUGUAAGUUUACAUGUAUUCCUUUUAUGUGAAUUGAGCAUUUAUGAAAGAUGUAUAAUUGACGGCAACAGAAAAUAAACUUGUUUCACAUAUGAAA